AUGUCAGCCGUGGACUUUCAACUCUACCGCUAUGACCCCUCGGUCGGGGCCGCUGUUUUCUUUGUUAUUCUCUUCAUCCUGGGAUCCGGCGUCCAUACAUACCAGAUGAUCCCGACCAGGACAUGGUUCUUUAUCCCCUUUGUUGUCGGUGGCCAUCUGGAAUGGAUUGGAUAUAUCGGACGAGCCAUGUCUGGCACCGAAGAACGUCCCUUUUUCAGCCUCGGUCCUUAUAUCCUCCAAACACUACUCCUCCUGAUUGCGCCGACCCUCUACGCCGCAAGCAUCUACAUGGCCCUUGGGAGAAUAGUCCUCGCCACCGACGGCGAGGCAUACUGCUGGAUCCGCCGGAAGUGGUUGACCAAGAUCUUCCUGCUAGGCGAUAUCAUUUCAUUCAUCAUGCAGGGAGCUGGCGGGGGCAUAAUGACAUCCGGCACCCUGUCAGCCGUCACAACAGGCGAGAACAUCAUCAUCGCUGGCCUCGUCGUGCAGCUCAUCUUCUUCUCCGUCUUCAUGUAUACUAGCGUACGAUUCCAUCUUCGUAUGAGGAAGGGGCUCUCCCGCAAGCUUCUACAUACCCAGCCGCCAUGGGAGAGGCACAUCCACGCGCUAUAUGCAGGCAGUCUUCUCAUAUUUGUCCGGUGCGCGUUCCGCCUCGUGGAAUAUGCCCAAGGAAAUGAUGGGUAUCUGGUGUCGCAUGAGGCUUACCUGUAUAUCUUUGAUGCACUGCUAAUGGCGCUGACCAUGGCCGUGUUUGCGUGGGUGCAUCCGAGUGAGAUUAAUACGAUUAUUAACCCUGGGAAUAAGGUCGUUCGGGGGGUUAUAUGGAUUGUUCCUGCUAUGGGGGAGAGGCUGGCUUAUUGAGCAGGGGAUCAGGUCUCUCCAGCAUACCCGGCCUAUAUAUUCGAUGUAUAUUGUGAUGGAUUCUCACAUCCAUGUGCUUCUGGCGCACAAACCAGGCAUUGAAAAUCUCCCACUUCUUGUUGAUGUCAAAUUCGGCACAUGGGAUGUCCAUUCGCUGUCAGGUAGUGUACAUAUCUUUCAUUAGGUCAACGGGCGUAGGGAGAACUGCUGGAUGUUCUAUGCGUCAUGAUGGUUUUGAUUCAGGCCUUGCAACGCUGCCAACUUUGCUUCACAACCCGCCUCCUCGUUUUCUUCCAAACCAACAUGCGCGGGCACCCAUUGAAUUAUUAGAUUGGUCCCUAAUUUCUGUAGGUCCCCGGCGUGUUGGUAGAUCUAUCUAAGGGGGUACUGGCCGGGAUCCCUGCCUGGGAGUCGGAAAACAUUUUGAUAGCCACCGGGCUCGG